AUGGACUAUUCCAACGACUUGGCUGCGAUUGCAAAGAAUCUGCUAAAUCCAGAGGGUAAUCAGUUUUCAAGUGUAGCACACGCACCACAUAACUCAACUACCACUUCAAAACGCACAACCACGCAGACAAACACCCACGAUGAUGAUCAGGUGUUUUCAGUUUUACAAGGGAUGAUCACUACUGCUCAGGAUGCUCCAAAGAGGCGUCAGCCAUCGCAUGACCCAUACACCCAACAAACUCGCUCUGGAAGACGCGUCCGUUCUUCCCCAAGUCACAAGCGCGUAAAGACUGACGACGAAGAUGUUUUACCGAUAACGCAGGAAUAUGAGUACAAAAACGAUUACAAUAAUGAAUUUAAUGAGUACAGCGAAUACCCCAAUGAAUACCCAGACUACAAUCACCUUAUCAAUACAAACCUGUUGUCUUCAAAACUACCCUCAGAAGAUGAAGAUGACGAGGAUUAUGAUGUUAACGGUUUUCUACAGCAAUACCAGUCGUUGGAGACUGUAGAUGGCGGCGUGGGAAGAGCACCCUCAGAGGCAACGACAGAGAGAGAAAGAGAGAGCAUUAGCAACGGCAACAGCUUCAAUAAUGACGACCGACCCAAAAAGAAGGGUAGAAAAGCUCAUCUCGGCACUGAGGAGGAGAAACGCGAGAGGCGUCUUGAACAACAGAGAAUAGCCGCAGCACGCAGUCGUAAAAACAAGAAAGAAGAGUUGAAUAAAGUCGAGAAGGAUAAUGAGGAACUGAGAUAUCGUGGUAAGAUUGCAAAUGAUCGCAUAACCACACUUGAGAAGGAACUGCGGGAUGCCAAAUUGCACAUAUACAGGCUGGAGAAUGAGAAACUGGCAGUGAAAGGGGUUAAUGGACAGCGGCAUCCAGCAGUUAAACAGCUGAUUGAAUCUGUACAAGCACUCGUUCAGGCUACCGAUGGUGAUGGUUAUGAUGUGCUUGAUAAGGUUGAUCAGGAGGAGGCUGCGCUUACAGAGGAUGAGAAUGAGCAGGAACAGGAGCAAGAGCAAGAGAAUGAUCACGAACACGAACACGACAAUUCAAGCAAUGAAAGUCUUUAG